AUGGAGAACCUCGAGGACGCAUCGACAACAUUGAGUGGGGGGUUGGGCGAAAGGCCGCGAGUGAAAAAAAAAAAGGUUAUGAAGGGGGGAGAUCUGAAGAAGCUGAAGAAGAAAGAAGGACUUGGAAAAAAAAAGGCGGCGAUAAAAAUGGCAAAACUAAUAGAAAAGGGGAAAAUCCCCGCCCUGAAGGGGGCAAUGAAGAGGAAAAUGAAGCAGAAGAAAAAGGCGAUCGGAAAUGAUAACGAUUGUGAUGGUGGCGAUUGCGGUGGUGACGACUGCAGUGGUGACGACUGCAGUGGUGACGACUGUAGUGGUGACGACUGUAGUGGUGACGACUGUAGUGGUGACGACUGUAGUGGUGACGACUGUAGUGGUGACGACUGUAGUGGUGACGACUGUAGUGGUGACGACUGUAGUGGUGACGACUGUAGUGGUGACGACUGUAGAGAUGAGAAGAGGCGAAAGAAAAAGUGCAAAGGGAAGAAGGCCUCCAAAGGGAAAAAAAGCAAGAGAAAGAGGGAGAAGACCGAGGACGAAGACGACAACGAUGACAACGACUGCAACGACUGCAACGAAGAUGAGGAGGAGGAGGAAGACGGGUUGGAUUUACUCGAACAUGAGGAAGUUAUCCUAGAGGAGGAAAAACAAAUGAACAGGAAAGGGAUAACCAAGAAGAACGACCCGUCGGAGAAUUUCAUACAAUUUUUGAAGAAAUAUAAUGACCAAGGGGAGAUUGUCACGAAGAGGGGAAAAUCUCUUUUGAAAAACAACGAUGAAGAGGAGGGAUAUGGAUUCCCCCCUGAAGACGCGGAGGCACAGUCAUACCAGUACCUCGCCCAGAGGGACGACGUAUACAAAAUUGAGAAACCAUCUGAACAAGUAAAUCUUUCGGACUUCAUCUACACCGAUGAUGUCGUAUCCGGAGAACAGAUAGGUGAAGAUAUAAACAUGCUGACGAGUGGACAAAAUGAGAAGGGGAAGUUAUCCACUCACAUGUCCAUCCUGGAGGAGCAGAAAAUAAACGAACACUUGGCGUAUGUAAAUAAUGUGGAGCUGAUAAAUAAAAUGAACAGGUCGUUCUACGUGAUAAAUAAUGCGCAGGGGGUGCACUUCGGGCAUGGAGGGAAGAAUGGACAAGUGCAGGUGAAUUCGGAGGAGUUCCUAAAUAAGAACCUCCUGCGACGACGCGCCCGUGUGGGUGGAAAAAACAGUGAAAAAGAAAACGAACAGCACGGCGAAAAUGGUAGCGAAAAUGGUAACCAAAAUGGUAACCAAAAUGGUAACCAAAAUGGUAACCAAAAUGGUAACCAAAAUGGUAACCAAAAUGGUAACCAAAAUGGUAACCAAAAUGGUAACGAAGAAGGCCACGAAGUAUGUGGCGAAGUGUGUGGCCAGGGAAGUGGCCCAAUGAGUGGCAUGCCCCCCUCUAGCGCUAAGCAGGAUGACUCCAUGACAGCCCUGGAGUUCGAAGUCGAGAUGCAAAAAAAUCUGAAGAAAUCGAAAAUGCUCAUUGUGUCGGAUGACAUGUUGAAGACGGAGAGGGAGAAAAAAAGAGAUGAGCUAAGAAAAAUUGCGCAAUUAAAAGCGUUGUUAUUAAAGGAGGAGAAAAAAAACAAAUAUAAGAAGAGGAUUAAAUCCAAGUCUUACCGUAGGCAUUUACGAAUGAAAGAGAAGAAGGAGGAGGAAAAGAUAUUCGCUAAGAUACACGCAGAGCACCCUGACCUGGCAGACAGUCUCGCUAAUUAUGAGAAGGAGUACGCUAAGAAGAGGAACUUAAUAAACAACGUAAAGAAGAGGAAAACCGUGCGACUACUCAAUCGGUACAAAAAUGAGGAGCUGAAGAAACAGAUGCUGAGGAGCUUCCAGGCUGAGAAGGAAGAGAAGAACAUGCUGAAGGGGAUCAUUGAGAGGGCCGUUUUGGAGGAAGAAGACGGAAGGGAAAACAUUCAUGAUGACAGUGCAAGCAACAAUGAUGAAGAGGCAAGUGGCAUUCUUCAUCUGGAUGAUAACUCAGAUGAUGAACUAAACGCCUCCUCCUCCAUGAGCAAGAAGAACAAAGUUAGGAAGGAACUACAAAAAAGGAACCUUGAACGAUUCUCCUUUGUGAAGAACGCAGAGGAGAGGAAACGAGACGAAGAAUUGUAUCAACAGAGAAAGAGGCUUCUGGAUAAGAUGGAAGGGAAGAAGGAUGAGAAGGAUCCCAUGGAGAGUUCCUCCUCCGAUGAAAGAAGCGACGCCGAGAGGGCUCGCCUCCAAUUGGGCCUGUCAAACGAGGUGCGCAGGUCAAGCGGGAAGGAGGCCUCAAAGGCGAGGGCGCAACUAGCCAAAGAUUCCGACUUGGUGAACGCGUUGCGGAAGGGGGGCAUUUUGGGCGCAGAGGAGAGGCAACAAGCCACUAUGGAGGAGGAGCAACAAGCCACUACAGUGGAGGAGCAACAAGCCACUACGGAGGAAAAACCACCCAUUGUAAGGGAUCUCGGCGACAUGAACGCAAUAGAUGCGAUUGGUACUAUUGAUGCGGUUGACUUGAUUGACGACGGGACAGUGAUGAAAAGCUUAGGGGAAAAUCUGAGCAUGUACAAUUUAGAAAACGAAGUUUACGAGGAUUAUGUGAACAUUAAUCCAGAGACAGCUGAGGGGAAUGUGCCCAGGGAGGAUGAUGAGUUGAUGGAGUUGAGCGACGAUGAAAGGGUCACCACAGAAAGGGUGAACGAAAGGGAAUGGUGCAAUUAUGAAACGUUACUUGAACUGGAAAAAAACAAAAUAAUGAAAGAGAAGGAGAUUAUUGAGAAAAAAAAAAGAAUUCCAGUACACACCAUUAGUGUAUUCAACAGGAAGGAUAAAAAAUAUGAAAAAUAUUUUGUAGACAAGGUUCCUUAUCCUUAUGAGAAGGCGGAUUAUGAGAGGACACUCAACAUAAACUUAAACAAAGAAGUGAAUGAUAUUUCGGCACAUGCGAAACUGGUCGCUCCUCGGUUGUCGAACCGGGUCGGAAAUAUCGUUUCACCUUUGGUGAGGAAUCCAUUCGAGAUUGCGCGUAUCUUGACGGUCAAGCGUGGCAAGAAUAGGAGCAAGUUGUGA